AUGGCAUUCGCCGGGUUGGCCAUGCUAAAACUAAAUUGGCAUCACCUCCUUCUUGUGAGUGUUCUAAUUGUCUCCGUGUUCGUUUAUUGGCAGAUGGCUGGCGAUGGCGCUCUUGAGGAAACUGGAGGUGUUUUCUUUCGAAAAACGUCGACAUCUUGUCCAAAAAAGCCCUACGUGGCGAAUGUAAGCUUAAGUGACUUGGUGUCCACAUUUCGCUACAAGCAUCCCCAUGACUCUCGUAUCGUCGCUAAAAAUGAAUUCAGACUCGGAGAAAGAGCGAUGAAAACUGCUAUUCAGCUAAUCGAUGAUCUUGUACUGGAGUACAACAGAAGACCUAUUGAGAUGGAGUGUGUUUCGCGGCUACCAACGCUGGUGCUUGUCACAGCUGUUUCAAGCAACCACUUCAAUGAACUUCUUGAACAUAUCACUCCUGGUGGCAAGAUACUGCCUCACGAGAAAAUAGUCGUUUAUGACCUAGGACUGAAUCAGGAGGAAAUUGACCAACUCACCAAGAUGUCUUAUGUCGACUACAGAAAAUUCAACUUUUCUCGCUUUCCCGAACACGUGAAAAAUCUACGUACAUAUGCAUUUAAACCUCUUAUCAUCGCAGAGACGCUUGCUCAAUUUGGCGCUGUUAUGUGGAUGGAUUCUUCAGUAAUCCUCAAACAGCACAACAAAUAUGCCCACCUUCUAGAGUGGAUGAUCAAGCGGAAAUCAGCGUUUUUGUACUACGUUUCACCAAGUCGCCAUUCUAUUGUGUUUGCUACUCAUGAACGCAUGCUCGACUAUUUACCAAUGCGGGGAACGAAAGAAUCGAACGCAAAAAUGCAACAAGCAACCGGAAUGAUUUUAUUUAACACAGACCACGUGCUAAAGCAUGUAAUGAAAUGGGUCGUUUUCUGCUCGCUUCUUGAAGACUGUAUCACACCUAAGGGAUCUCAAUUAGAGUGUAAUUUUCAUUUGCCCGAUGAUGUGUUUGGAGGAUGCCACCGUUACGAUCAAUCUUUGUUUGCAGUUCUUGUAUCCAAUGCAUAUAAGGAUGAAAUGCGAAGGUAUUGUUUAAGCAGAGACAGUGCGGGAAUGUACCCUGCAAUCGUACAAAGGGCAGAGGAAAAGAGUGUUUAG